AUGCUCGACAUCAUGAGCUGCGUGGAGAGGGACCUGCUGGACCUCGUGUUGCGCACGGGCUACAACAUCGUCCAGGAGAACGGACAGAGGAAGCUGGGACCGCCGCCCGACUGGCAGGGCCCCCCUCCCGCCCGCGGCUGCGAGGUGUUCCUGGCGAGGAUCCCGCGCGACCUGUACGAGGACGAGCUGGUGCCCGUGCUGGAGGCGGUGGGGCGGCUGUACCAGCUGCGCCUCAUGAUGACGUACCACGGAGAGAACCGCGGCUACGCCUUCGCCACCUUCGCGACGCGCUCGCAAGCCGCGGACGCCGUCAGGAGACUCCACAAGUCGGAGAUCCGCCCGGGGCAACGGAUCGCGGUUCACGUGAGCGUCGACAAUCGCCGCCUCUUCUUGGCGGGGCUGCCGAAGGUUAGGACGCGGGCCGAGGUGAUGGCGGCAAUGAGCGACGUCACGGAGGGCGUCGUGGACGUCCAGAUGCGCUUCUGUCGCCACGACAGGAGCCACAGCCGAGGCUUCGCGUUCGUCGAAUACGAGAGCCACCGCGCGGCCUGCAUGGCCCGCAGGGUGCUGCUGCCGUACUCCUUCCGGCUGUGGGGCCGAGACAUCCACGUGGACUGGGCCAUCCCGCAGCGAGACCCGGGGGGUGGAGGAGGAGGUGGAGGAGGGGGGGGAGGAGGAGGUGGGGGAGGAGGAGGCAAUGGAAGACGAGGAGGAGGUGGCGGCAGUCCCAGGCCUCCCGCCGCCGGAGUGCGCCGUCUCCGACAAGGCCCCGCACAACCUGUUUGUGGGCUGGGCGGCGCACACGCUGCUCUGGCGGGCACCUCACCACCCGUGGCCCACGCCAAUCGGUCUGGACGAGCUGCCGGAGACGGCCGUCUUGUCGUGGGAGACGCGUUUGCAGGCGCUGCUACGGAGCGCCGGCGUGGGCCACGCGACCUUCGAACUGCACGCUCACUCGGAGCCCGGCAGGCCCAUGGGCCUCCUGUACAAGGUCUCCGUUCCCGGGAUGAUGCGGGAAGGCAGCGGCUUCUUCCCCGCGGUGCUGAGCUCCAGCGCGGAAGGAGCUCGCGAAGUGGCCAGCGGCCUUCUCUACGAAAUCCUCGGCGACGCCAACCCCCUGAGGGUGGGCCCGGUCCCCGCCGCCACGCUGCCUCCCGGCUGCCCCGUCCGGAACCUCCCGGCGUAUCCCGGCGACUUCCCCGCGCCCCGGCAGCCGGUCGCCGCGCGCCUGCCGACGAGCGGCACGCACCCGUAGUGCCGCGUGGCCGUCGCGGCGGCGUUCGUCAGGCCGCGGACGGCAUCCCACCGCUCGGCGUUCGCUCUGAAGCUCACGUCCGCUCUGCCGUGUUCACCGUCAAACCGCAAGUUGCCCGCCCGCUCACUCGACGUGCUCACGUUGAUCGGUUGUUGCCUCUGUGGCCGUACCCGUGAAUCCCUUCCCAGGCCAGCGGGCGUGACCCCGUGACCUCGCCAGGUGUGACCCCGUGACGUCACCAGGCGUGACCCCGUGACCCCCCCAGGUGUGACCCCGUGACAUCACCAGGUGUGACCCCGUGACGUCACCAGGCGUGACCCCGUGACCCCGCCAGGUGUGACCCCGUGACAUCACCAGGCGUGACCCCGUGAC